UUUACGUUGCCUUUCUGAGAGCGAGAUGGGUCACCAGCAGCUGUACUGGAGCCACCCGCGAAAAUUCGGCCAGGGCUCUCGCUCUUGUCGCGUAUGUUCAAACCGGCAUGGUUUGAUCCGGAAAUAUGGUCUCAAUAUGUGCCGCCAGUGUUUCCGUCAGUACGCGAAGGAUAUAGGUUUCAUUAAGUUGGACUAAAUGAUCUUCAAAGGAUUAUCCAAGACACGAAAAAGACAUGAAAAACCAUGAUAGUUCUUUGUACAUAAAGUAAACAUAAAAAAAAAAAAAAAAAAAAAAAAAAA